AUGCUGCUCUGCAUCCUGGUGCUGUUCCCCCUGGGGAGCGCGUCCCCUCUGACUGAGAUGAUCGCCUCACGCUUGAAAGCCCUACAAGCGACGAGGUUCAACGGUACCGAGGAAACGAGUCGAGGAGCUCUACAGAAGUCCGGUUUCUAUCCGGGUUUCGGUCAUCCUCUGACAAUGAGAGAGUUCUUGGCCAAGGAAACCUUCCGCCUGGUCGCCGAGAUGGCGCUCGAGAGGAUGCCCUCUAGGCGUCACGACGACUCAUACGAGAUGUACUACCCCCACAAGAAGAAGAAGAGUUAUCUUCAGAGCCGACAGUUCUUCGAAUCCGAGGAAUUCAUCCUCUUCUUGAUCGGCGUUGGACUCGCUUCGGUGCUCGGCAUGGCUACGAUCAUGGCUCCAAUAAACCAGCUCAUGUACUCGAACGCGUACGGCGGCGUCCCCGCCGGCAUUCAGGCCUUGCCUGCGGGACCAGCUCUCCUGGCGGGACCGCAAGGUCGCAGAAGACGUCGAUCGCUUCCGCAAAUUCGACAAAUCGAACGAGCUCACGCAACACUUCAAAGCGCUUCACAGCGAUUUGGACGACUUCGCACACUGACGACUUCUCGAAUAAAGUGAGAAAUACCCACCGCUCGUUUGCGGUCUACUCUUCCGGAUCGGCGUGACUAUCGAUUGACGAACCAAAGAAUUGUUAUUUAUUCCGUUGUGUUUGUAUACCCACCGCGUGCGUUCCCGCCAACCUCCAGUUCUCGCUUUUGA